AUGGAGUCCGGUUACGAAGUUGAGGGAAUUAAUAUCAUGAUAAUUAAUUUAUAUCAAGAUUGUGGUCAAUCGUCUUUGUUGAAAAAAGCCACAGCAUUCUUGAAUCGAAUAAAGGGGCUUAGAAUUAUAAACUUGUACAUAUAUUGCAUAAACAUCAAACAUUUAGCUGUAAAAUCAUUUUCUUGUAAAACAAAUAAUAAAGUGAAAAUGGAAUUGAAAGUCAAUGUUUGA